AUGUACUUCGGCCCCGCAGGCGACGGUGACUACAUGAAGCUUGGCUUGCACGCGGAGAACCACGUCGGAUGGAGCGCGUUGGCCAUCGGUGGCAACGGCGGUAUGAAGGGAGCUCAGCAGGUCGUCGUUCGCCAGGUGAACGGAGCCUGGGUGGCUGAAGAGCGCUACUCCGCAGACUACGUGGAGCCACAUCUACAGGAAACACAGGAGGUGCUUCUCAUCUUUGCGAAUGAAUCUGCAGGGAGCACCUCUUGGGGAGUCUUACUCCCCACACGUUCAUGCAAAGCUGGUGACAGAUACGCCAUGGAGGACGUAGGAAUGUUCAUGCACUGGGCUCUGGGCUAUUCUCAUACCUUCUCCUACCACAAGGAGCGGGGACAGUUCCAUACCAAUUUGGUCUCCGGUCCUCCGGCGCCCCCGCCAGACAUGAGCUCUUUCCCUUCAGUCACGUUCACGAUGCCGGACGUGCCUGUCGUGCUCGGAGAAGGUGGGAGCGAUGCGAUGAACCCCUACAUCUGCGGUAUUUUUGACCUCGCAGAGGCGUUGCCUGCAGGUCUCCUCACCACGUCCAAGCAUCAUGCCGCUAAGUUCGCCCCGGUCCUGGCAUCUGCUUCGAAAGAGUUCGUGCACCACAUGAUCCUCUUCGAGUGUGCAGACCAGGUUGCGGUCGACAACAACUUCACGCACAACCAUGUCAUCCCAAACUGUGAGCGCAUGGUGCGAGGGUGCCAGACCAGCAAGUGGCCGUGGGCAGUUGGGGGAGAAGAUCUGGUCCUGCCCGACGACGUAGGUGUGCCCAUUGGGAAUGGGGCUCGUUGGUAUGCUCUGCAAGUCCACUACUAUAAUCCCAGCCUGGUCGCGAACGUGAGUGACAGCAGCGGUGUGCGUGUCGCCCUGGCUCCCAGUCUGCGGACCCAUGAUGCAGAGACCUUCGGUGUAGUGGGUGGCGCGAGCCCCAUGCAGCGCGAGCCACUGCCGCCUGGCCAGGCCGAGGUCUCCAUCCCCAGUGCGGUCGUCCCAGCGCAGUGCACCAGCCAGUGGAAUGCCGAUGAGAUCACUGUCCUUGGCGUGAUGCACCACGCGCACCUUGUUGGUAAGAAGCUCGCAAUCCACGUCAACCGCAAUGGGGAGUACAUUGGCGAGAUGCGCAGGGAGAAGGUUUACGACUUCAACCACCAGUCGCUGGAGGGCUCCUCGAUCAAAAAGCUGAAGAAAGGCGAUGAGCUCACGCUGACAUGCAGCUAUGACACCUCCAGCAGAACGGAGCCCACGGCUUUUGGCGACUUCACCCAGGACGAGAUGUGUUUGGCGUACUUCUUGCACUAUCCUGCUCAGGCUUCAAGGCGUUCGAUCUUUUUGCGUGCCCAAGGGGAGAACCGCAUUUCGCUGUGCAACAAUCCCGCGCAAUCUGCCGACGCCUUCGAGCUGGUCCAGAACCCCAUGCAGCUUCUCGCCUCAGCCGUCCAAUCCACAGCUCCCGUCCUGACUCCUCCGGCAUGCCAGCCUCGGGGCGACUUGAGCUCCUUUGCCGCAAGAGAUGUCCUAGCCAGCAUGGGAGUGGACGUUUCUGGCUUCAGCAUGGACACCUCCAGCUCGGCCUCUGGCUGCAUCGCCUUCGCCUUCUUUGCCUUGGUUUCUUUGGCUUCCUGGGGAGUCUUGUAA